AUGUCGUUCGCCCAAUCUGAGGAGCAGAACCACGCUGUGAAAGCCGCCGACCUCCUCACAUACGACGACCGAGAGCUCGACCUGUUUUUCGCGACACAUGACUUCUCAAGCCUCUCCGGUGUGCUGGAACUAUCACCGGAGCAGCGAGCCCACUUGUCCCAGAGAUAUCGCGCGUUACAAAACCUGCACAGCGACAGCAGCGGCCCCAAACUGGUCGACCCCAACCAGCUUGCUGCGCUCCUAACAGACGUGGCUGGUAAUUCAAGCAGCUUUCUGUUCGAUAGACCCCCACGAUCGCCGGCUGAGUCGACUCUUACUUCGUCGCCGCCUGGCACCCAACCCCGCGAAGACUUGUGCCGUCAGGAGCUGAUUGAAGAUGAUGGCCACCCCGUCUGCACAGCGGAGGAGCUGCUGGAUAUCUGCGCUCAGCCCAAGAUUAGCUGCAAUGCGAUCCUUGCCUGGCUGAGCGAUGAGCCAGAUACGGAGACUGGAAAAAGGGAGUUAACGACCCUCUUUUCAAACCAACUCGAGCGGUGGUGGGAUUUUCGCAAAUCACAGUGGAGGAACCGAGCAGACGGCAACGACGAGGGGGACAGUGGCAACGAGGCGUUGGCUGCGUACCUAGCCGCAAACGCGCGCAUAUAUGAGGGGAGAGGUGCAACGGGGUUUGUAUCCGACGAUUCGUUCGAGGAGACCUUGCGGCGGAUGUGGCAAAGGUUGAGUGCUUGGCGACAAAUGCCUGCUGAGAAGCAAACCUUCUCCGCCUACAGAUACGCGGUGCAGAAGCGAAUCAGGCCGUACCAAUUCAAGCGAGCAUUGCGAUUGAAGAAAGAUCCACGCCAACAGGAUAGUUGGACCACCUUGGUGGAAUACCUAAACUACGAGAGCUGGCAUUGGGAACAGUUGACUGCCAGUGCCGAGUCGCUGGAGCCUGCAUUCUUCGCAUCCCGGAUACUGCUCGAUGGACGAAUAAUGAAUAGCACACCCACUGUUGCUACGAAAGGCAGCAGCCUAGACGAAAAAUUAGAGGCGGCUCAAGAUAUGUACAGAAACAAUAUUAGCGCCAUCCGUCGAGCGCCGUUACGAUCACGUCAUCGUGAACUUACAUUCAACUUCAUGGAGGUCAUCGACAAUUCCGAUGUUAUUGUAGUCCUGGUGCCGCUGACUGAGGACGCAAGGGCUACGACCUCCAUGCCGUGGAACCAGCGACGAAUUCCAAAGGCUCGCCAAAGCAAAAUUCCUUGGCAAGAACGAGAGGAAACUCGGUCCUUUGACCUAAAUGACUUGAUCAGCAACACCGAUCCCCCCAUCGUGGUAACGUUCAGCCACGGCUGUAAAACCAGGCAUGGCGUGGUAUGCGGAACAGCCCAGAGUGCCGAUUUGGCUUUGCCCGACAUACCUAGAGUGAGCAAAGUCCACCUUGCCAUUACCUUCGACUACAAGACCAAUAAGCCGGUCAUAAGGGACCUUGGUUCCACGUGCGGAACUGUGGUCACAUUCGACGGGAAGCAAGCCACGCCAUUGUCUAGUUUCCAGUGGCAAUUGAUCGGCCCCCGCAUUGCGGAGGACAAAUACCCCGUUCUUCGUAUCACAAACGAUCUUCAAUUCAAGGUUAUCGUGCCCACACACGACUUCACUUCUCCAGACUACAUCGAGAAGGUGAAGAAAUUUCUCCUUGGCACGGCGCAGGCGGAGGACCUUCUGCACUCUCUUGUUCUCCAGGCCGGGCAACGCACUCAACAGCCUAGUGGAACACGAACACCGCCGACGGGCCCAGUUUGUUACCAGAGAAAGCUAGGCGAGGGCGCUUUUGGUGAGGUGUUAUUUUUUUGGGAGAUCAACACAGGGGAGGAAUAUGUUGUAAAGAGCCCUCUCGAAAGCUUACGCCACGACCCUUUCACCCAGGAGAUAUUCAUGAGCGAGGCUGUAAUUAUGAGAAACAUUUCCCAUGAACAUAUUGUUGCAUUGCUCAGCGCGAGCCUCGAUCCAUAUCCACAGCUGCGUCUGGAAUAUGUCCCUGAAGGUCCACUGCACAAGCUCGAGAACAUAUCAGGACUGGAAGGCGCCAAAAUUCUGUGGCAAUUAUCGUCGGCCCUGGGAUAUCUCCACAAUCAAUCACCCUCCAUUGUUCACCGCGACAUCAAACCCGAGAACAUUCUUGUGGCUGAGAGAACCCAAGAAAAUAUACGUGUCAAGUUUGCAGACUUCGGCCUCUCCAAAGCAUCUGAGAUCCUGAAGACAUAUUGUGGCACGCUGAAAUGGGCAGCUCCGGAAGUGCAUCGCAAAGCUUCUGGCUCUCAAGAAACGAAAGAAGAGACGUACACCCCAGCCGUCGAUAUAUGGUCUCUCGGUGUCGUCAUUGCCUCGCUAGUAUAUAAUAAGUUCCCAAAGUAUGAAAAGGGGUGGAGGAACGACGCCAACGCCUGGGUCGAUGCACUUGAGGCUCAUUUCAAGAACAUCUACACGAAUGUAUUCAACAAGCAAAAUGAUCUGCUCCGGCUUGUAAUUGACAGGAUGCUCGUGAAGGACCCGGCAAAAAGGUGGUCAGCAGAUGAUAUUCAUGACGAAGCGGGGAGAAUUGUGGAAAGAAUGGAAAGAAUGGCCAGCGCUGCGCCAGUGUACGACGUUGGAAAAGGUCCACUCAGGCCCAACCUUCCCUUCGUUUAUGAGACGCCCACAGUGGUUCGGAACCCCUUGAUGGAGCCACCGGCAACAGAGGCAUAUGAUAGUCCCAACGAUCCUCUAAAUCAGGGCCGUGACAAAGUCGCAGCCACCCCCAAGCUUGUUGACGUUUCCAAGGCGUCUACUGUUCGUUUGGGGCGCGAACCUGGUUUGGAGGUUUCACCCCUGACCAGUCCUGCGAGAGAACAUGAAAAUCGGUCGAACCAGAUACCAGCAGUUCCCCGGUCCCUCGUGGGGAAAACUAUUGUGCGGGAGCAGCUUCAGAAGCUUGGGGGUUCGAAAAGGUCCAGGUCGGUACGCAAACCCGGCCAAGGUGCAGUGGAAACUCAUGCAGAGCGUGAAUCGAUGUGCAAGAGAGAGGCAUCGGGAGCCAGCGGUGGCUCAUCGUCGCGGCCCCCAGAGCCGGUCGUUCGUAUUGCCUCCACGGCCGAAGCAUGUCCCGCCAACGACAACGACACGCGCUGUCACAAACGGACCAAAACCAAUGCCCGAAGCUAA